AUGCGCGAAGGGCCGUUUGGGCCACAUAGCGAGUUCAUACGCUCAUUCCCAGCCAGCGAAAGAGAGGCUCUUCUGAAGGCGCUGGAAGAGGAGGGAGUCGUGCCGGGGGAAGACAUGGAUCUGAUCACCGACGAGGAACUGGAGGAAUUGGCCAAAGACGACAAAGUACUCAAGCGCGAAGCCCAGGAGAAAUCGUCGCUGAAGGUCACGCUGAGUAUACCUGCAAGGGACAAGAUCUAUGUCAAGAGGUUCAACUUGGCGUUGCAGGAGGCGGAGAAAGGACCGCCCAACGAGCGUCUCUACUUCGCCCUUUGGAAGUGGUACCUUCGGUGCCAACAGCAUGUGGCCAACUUCUCCGUCAUCAUCCCUGAGGAUGUUUGGCAUUUCCUCUGGAAGACUCAGAGCACCAAGUACUACAGGCCCCAACAUCUGGAAAUGCUGGCCAAAGACAUGAUCAAGGCCGACGUGCCGUUGGAGGACAGAGAGUGGAUUCAGUACAUUGACGCCCUUCAAGCCAACGGCGACCUUGCAGCCGCUGCUGAGACCUGGGAGUUACAGAGACCUCGGUUAGGGCCCAAGGAUGAGCUUGCCGAAGAGUUCUGGGUCACUGGCAUCCAGAUCUACGUUGCGCUAGGACGGCCGCAGAAGGCACAAACGCUGGCCUUUGCAUGUUACGACCACAGCACCGUCAUCGACCCGAGUGUUUUGGUCAUGGUGAUUUCUGCUUGGGCCAAGAGCAAGAACCCGGCUGCCGCAGAAAGGGCAUGGUUCUGCUAUUUGGAGCUACGCCGACGGCUGGAUAGCGCCGAAAACGAUGAUACAAUCUUGAGCGUCCUAGGUCGCCUCAGCAGCGCUUUACUUGAGGCGGGCCGCACAGAGCUUGCUCUCGCCGUCUUCAAGGAUAUGUUCAUGCUGAAGGCCAAAUCAUCGAGCGAUUCCUGGCGCGUCUUCCAAGAAGUCACCCAAGACGCCUUGGGCACGCUGUCCCCGAGCGAAGAUGUAGUCAGUGAAAUUGGACUGGCGACACUGGCUGUCACCCCCCGAUCGUUUCACAACAAGUACUUCUUUGCAUCGUGGAUCAAAUGGCUACUAGGAGAGGACAAGGUGGAUGAAGCCGCGUUGGUGGUGGAGCUGAUGUAUGAGCGUGGAGUCAAACCUGAUGCUAGACAUCUGAACGGUCUCAUUGCAGCAUGGCUGCGCCAGGGGUCUCCCAGUGCCCGACGAAAGGCCGAAAGUACUGCGUGGGCGAUGAUUCACGCUCGUAUUGAUCUGGUACAGAAGCGCAAUACUCAGGACUCUGACCCGAAUUCAGCCAACAAACCGACCAUUCCUCCCGAGUCGAAGCAGACGCCGUUUUUCCUUCGGCGCGGUGCACCGGCUGCAACCAUCGAGACCUUCUCUAUACUCCUCUCGCACUACACGCGGCGGUCAGACUUGGACAACGCAAAUCAGUUGACGGAAAUCAUGACUGUCUCUGCCGAGAUCAAACCCAAUUCCUUCAUCAUGAACCAUUGGCUGUAUGCCUCCCUCCGAUCAGGCCAGAUCCCAGACAUAUGGAGGAAAUACUGCACGCUCAAGCAAUCCAUUGCGCCCGACCUGGAGACCUUCGCGGCACUGUGGGACACGGCAAAGGCGCACUACGGAUCGCCUGCCGCGCAUAACCAAAAGUUCCCCGACGCUCGCACCUUGUUUGCAGAGAUGCAGGCGUGGCUCGACUCGCUGGACAAGAAGAGGAGGAAGUCCGUCAAGGGCGACUUCUCGUCGGAAUUCUACGAGCAGAUAGUUCGAUGUUUCUGCCUGUCCUACGAUCUGCAUGGCACACUCUGCGCGCUGUACGGGCUACGAGACUCGUUCGACAUGUUGCCGCACGAGGAAAUCACCCGUCUGGUCAUCAUGCAAGUCGCUCGCUCGUUUGCAGCGGACUUUGCUCAACCCUCUUCAAAGGGUCGCAACCGGCGCGUCUCCAAGACCGCGCAGUAUCAGAGCGCGGUGAAGACGUUGACUGAGAUUGUGGUGGCCAUGAUGGACAGAAAGAUGGAAGAGACCGAUGUCGACCCGGAGGCAUUUGCCGAUCUCGAGAGCCGCGAGGCCCAGCAGCUGCGGUUGGAUGUCUUGACAUCGUUCCUCGGCAUGGUGAUAGAGAGGAAAUCGGAAGGAGGCCACGUCGACGGCGACGGCGACGGGGACGGUCUCGUGCAACAGGUUUCAAACGUGGCUGCGCAGAUGAAGACUACUGUUCCCACAGAUCUCCUUGUCCGGCGCGACUGGGAUGACGCCGAAGUGUAA